AUGGCUUGCUCCAACUCCGAAACCCGGACGGCGCUUCCGCUUAGUGGUGGAUCAUCGUCCUCCAGUGGCGUGUACUUCUUCGUGUUGGAAGAGGAAGCCAGCGCUUGGCAGGAACGCGGAGAUGCCGAGGAGGAGGCACGCGAGCUGGAGGAAUUGGAGGAGGCGAGAGAAAGGGCGAAGAUCGGUGUGCCAGCAACUUGGAUGAGCAUGCGUUCCCAGCCCUGUGCGCAUGGUUGGACCGAAUCGCCGGCAAGGGAAACGAAACAUCGGCCAGCGCCCCACUUCAACCCACAGGGAUUCACCAUGAAGGCCGUCGCUGCCAUCAUUGGCGUUCUCGCCGCAUCCUUCGUCGUCGCCGCUCCCCAGGCAGUAGACACAACCUAUCCCUACACUGGACCUGCGGUUCCCAUCGGCGACCUCGUCGACCAGACCAUCAACGGGAACGGCAAGGGCUUCCCUCGUCUCGUUGAGCACCCCGCCGUCUCGCCCAAGUCUGCCAAUCCCACCAACAACAUCAACGUCAUCUCCUACUCCUACCUCCCUGAUGGCGUCCACGUCCACUUCCAGACUCCCUUUGGCAUUGGCAAGGCCCCCAUGGUCAAGUACGGCACACACCCUGAGAAGCUGGUCUACGAGGCAUUCGGUCACAGUCGCACAUACGACCGCACGCCUCCCUGCUCGUUGGUCUCUGUGACGCAGUGCUCCCAGUUCUUCCAUGAAGUCUCCCUCCAGGGCCUCGAGAAGGGCAAGACGUACUACUACCAGAUUCCGGGUGGCAACGGCACGGCCGAGUCUCACAUCCUCUAUUUCUCCACUGCUAAGAAGGCUGGCGACAAGACCGGCUUCUCUGUCGCGGUCCUCAACGAUAUGGGGUACACCAACGCUGCAGGCACCUUCCAGCAGCUCCUCAAGGCAGUCGACGACGGCGUUGCGUUCGCCUGGCACGGUGGUGAUAUCUCCUACGCUGAUGACUGGUACUCUGGUAUCCUCGGCUGCGCAGAUGACUGGCCCGUUUGCUACAACGGCACCAACAACACCGGUCAGCUCCCCCCUGGUGACUUCCCCCCCACGUACUUCAUGCCCCUGCCCGAAGGUGAGAUCCCCAACCAGGGUGGCCCCUACGGUGGUGACAUCAGCCCUCUGUACGAGAGCAACUGGGAUCUCUGGCAGCAAUGGAUCAACAACAUCACCACCAAGGUCCCGUACAUGGUCCUUCCUGGUAACCACGAGGCGUCAUGCGCCGAGUUCGAUGGCCCGAACAACGAGCUCACCGCCCUCCUCGUCGACGGCAAGAUCAACUCGACUGCCAACAGCUCCGAGCUCUCCUACUGGUCCUGCCCCCCUUCCCAGCGCAACUUCACCGCAUACAACCAUCGUUUCCGUAUGCCUGGUGCCGAGACGGGCGGUGUCUCCAACUUCUGGUACUCCUUCGACUACGGUCUUGCUCAUUUCAUCUCCUUCGACGGUGAGACGGAUUACUACCAGUCCCCCGAGUGGCCGUUCGUUGCCGACCUGACUGGCAACGAGACCCACCCUCUGCAGAACCAGACCUUCCCUACUGACUCUGGUCCGUUCGGCGCCAUUGACGGCUCAUACAAGAACAACUCUGCCUACCAGCAGCUGAAGUGGAUCAAGGAGGAUCUGGCUUCGAUCGACCGCUCCAAGACCCCUUGGGUGUUCGCCAUGUCUCACCGUCCUAUGUACUCCACCGAGACCUCUUCGUACCAGACUCACAUGCGUGCUGCUUUUGAGUCCCUCUUCCUCGAGUACAACGUGGAUCUGUACCUCUCGGGCCACAUCCACUGGUACGAGCGUCUCUGGCCUCUCGGCGCGAACGGAACGAUCGACAUGUCCGGCGUUGUGGAUAACAACACCUACAAGCUUGUUGAGGGCCGCAAGUCCAUGGUCCACCUCAUCAACGGCAUGGCCGGCAACAUUGAGUCCCACAGCACGCUCGGCACCGAGAAGGUGCUUAACAUCACCGCCGUUCUGGACUUCCUCCACUACGGCUACUCAAAGCUCACCGUGCACAACGAGACUACCGCGACGUGGCAGUAUAUCAAGGGUGACGACGGCUCCAUCGGAGAUACCCUUACGCUCAUCAAGGCUUAA